AUGGGGUCAUCGUCUUCGAAACCGGUGCGCUCUGCCGCGCAAGCCGCCUCUCGACGUCAAUAUCCGAAGCAGCCCACCGCGACGCCACCUCCCAGGCCUUCUCCCGCGGCGCCGCCGAAGCCUCGUCAAGCACCAGAGUCCGCGCCUCGCGGACCGACAUAUCACUCUAAGGAACAGCCGUCAACAGUAAAAUCAGCUGGCAUCGAACUCGAUGGCCGCGACCCCGACUUCGCAGCUUCGCUCCGAAAGAUUGGACCCGUUACGCCCACGCCCACCCUCUCACACUCCAGCACCUUCACGCAGCAACACCCGUCCGGACCGCCGCAGGGCGAAUCUGUGCAGACCGUCUUCCCGUCGGCAUCAAACCCGGCCUUGCUGGUGUUUACGGCUCGCCAGCGGGUUGCGAAAGCCGCGGAGCAGGAGGCGGAAAUGGUGGGCCGGCCGAACUUUGCCGGGCGAGAGUAUGUCGAUGCGUUUACGCUGCGGCAGGCCUUGACCAUGCGCGACCGCCAGGGUCUACCGGGCGAUGAGAUUGAGCGGAUGUUGCGGUUGAAGAAGGGGGUGUUGGAGCGGUUGGGGGGGAAAGGGGUUGUUUCGGAGGUGGCGUGA